AUGGACAAGUUCCAAGCUUUCGGCAAGAACUUUAGUGCGAACUUUACGCCAUUUGCUGCGCGCACACAGCAGUUGAUCCGCGAGCAGCUAGGCCAGGUCGAGGACAAGACUCAGCUUCCUGAUGAGUACAUCGAGCUCGAGAAGAGGGUGGACGCCCUCAAGCUGGUACACCAGAAACUUCUCCAGGUGACCUCCCAAUACUCCAACGAAGCCUACGACUACCCCCCGAACAUCCGCGAAUCCUUCAACGACCUCGGCCGCACCAUCAACGAGAAAGUUCAGCUCCUCUCGCAGGCCAGCACCCCUGCCGAGGCCCAAGCCGCUCUGACCGCGCCUCCCGCUGCGAAACCCCAGCCCAAGACCUUCAGCCAUGCCAUCGCCCGCGCUUCGCUAGCUGGCUCCCAGACGCUGGCGAGCACCACAGCUGGAGAGGACCCGCUCGCGACCGCGCUGGAGAAGUAUGCCCUUGCCUCGGAGAAGGUCGGUGAGGCCCGUCUGGCGCAGGACGCCCAGAUCCAGUCGCGAUUUCUGGCUGGGUGGAACACCACGCUGAACACGAACUUGAUGUUUGCGGCGAAGGCGCGCAAGAAUGUGGAGAAUGCCCGGCUUAUGCUGGAUUCCGUCAAGGCGAAGCAUAGAACUGCGGAGGGAGAUUUGGAUAGCUUGAGUGAGGAGGCGAGGUCAGAGAUUGAGCAGGCGGAGGAUGAGUUUGUUGGACAGACAGAGGAGGCGGUCAGCGUUAUGAAGAAUGUCCUCGAUACUCCCGAACCCCUCAGGAACCUGGCGGACUUGAUCGCCGCCCAGCUGGAGUACCACAAGCGCUCCUACGAGAUCCUUAGCGAGCUGGCUCCUGUCGUCGACUCGCUCCAGGUUGAGCAAGAAGCAAGCUACCGUAAGAGCCGCGAGGGGGCUUAG